UACGUCAUAAAUUUGUGUGUUUACUGAUGUCACUUCCACGUUGCCAGUUCACACUGAUGGAGUGUAUUUGUUGACAUGGCCGAAAAGUCAGGACUGGAAGGGAACAUCGAUAUUCCACUCAUUGAACCAGCAUCACAAAGUUUUAAGCAACGCAUGAUGUCUAUGUCUGUGUCAAACAUCGCGGUCCGGGAAUGGUUCUCCAAGACGCGGGAGGGGGUCAAGCCAUGGGGCGAGUUCAUCAACACCUCCAAGUUCCGGCUCCCCAAAACAGUGGCCCCGAUUCCCAAGAGAGUCAUGAAAAACAUCGAGAACUUCCAGGGGAACUAUCUGUUUGUCUUCAUGGGCCUCGUCAUCUUCUGUGUAUUGACGUCUCCCAUGCUGUUGGUGGCUCUGGCUGCCUGCCUUGGAGCCUGUUACAUCAUCAGUCUCAAAAACGCCACCCAGAAACUGGCCAUACUAGGGCGGGAGGUGACGGUGGCCCAGCAGUACGCAUGUGUGGGGGUGCUCUCCUUCCCCCUAUUCUGGCUGGCAGGGGCGGGGUCCGCUGUCUUCUGGGUCAUAGGUGCUUCCUUUUUCGUCAUCAUGCUGCACGCCACUCUGCAUGUGACAGCUGAAGAGGCUGAGGCUUUCGACAUCGACAUGGACGAGGUUCAAGUUGUCUGAGUUGUCUCCCUUGCACUAACUCAUUGUUUUACACCGGUUUCCAUAGCAACAUGAAUGGAAUCUCCAGAAUCUGUGACAGCUGAGGAUUAACGACAGUUUGUGUCACACUGCUCUAAGACAUGUUUCUUCUCAACCUGUGUCAAAAGUAAUACCUUUCUCUAUGCAGUCGGAGACAGUGUGGUAGGUCACAGAGUGACAUCCAGAACUACAGUGUUGUUGUCUUUCACUCCUCAUCCACCUCAUCCAUGGUCAGAUGCUCUGCCUCAUCAGCAUUAUUGUGUCUGAUGGAUCAGACAGGAACUCCCUCUGCAUAUUCUAACACCAGUGUUUGGCCACGUUCUUUUAAAGACAGAUUGUGGAUGUUGGCUUGGCCAGGCUUGAUUACCUGACAAAACAGAUUCCAUUGGGGGUGAAAAAACUAUCAAUGUUCAGCUAUCAUGCUAUGUUAGUUAGAAUAUGACCUGUUAAACAUAUCUGUCACCACUCCCCAAAACAGAAUUGUUCUAUGGGCCUGAGGCCUUUCAGUGUGGAACAAAACUUAUCCUUAUCUUUAUCCAUUGGUAAAAGACAAAAAAGAAGCAAAAAUUAUACACCGUAUUCGACAUAAUAAGCGCCCAGGGAGCUCUCAAAAUUAGAAAUAGGGGGCUCUUAUUAGAAUAAAAUUUUGGUGAAAAGUAAAAAAGAUCAUAAAUUUUGUGGUUUAUGCUGACAGCCUGAAAUAUUAAAAAGAAAAGUCUGUGUGUAUCAUACACGACAGAAAUGUUUUUUUUCAGAAUUUAAUUGCCCCUAUUUAAGGGUGCAUAUAACACAUGAUUGCGUAUUAUACACGAAUAAAUAAGUCUUGUGUACAUUGAUCAAUCGGAAGGAAUUGGAAUUGUUCAAAAGCCAAUAUAUUAGCAAAUAUAGCCGUGGGCGCCUAUUACGUCAAAUACGGUAAAUGUAUAAGUGUUGAUUCUGCCUGAUUGCAGGGAACACAAGUAUUUUUGGUUUUGUAUAACAAUUCCAUACCUUUCUUCAGCUACAAGUCUUAAGAACCCAUUCCACAGAGCGAUCUCAGUGCUACGACUACCAUAAACCUAUUAUAAAGUAUGGGAGUUACAAUCAUCUCAGCGCGAAGAUCGCGUUGUGGAACGGGACUCUGUACGUCAAUAAAUCUCUGUUGUAGACGUAUAUUGCAUAUGUACAUCACUGCAAGGCCUUAUGUGUUUAGUGGGUAUUGUAUAUAGAUUGUGUGGGGCAUCACAAUAAAACUGCUGAGGGGGUGUUGUGAUGUCUCUCCUUCCGAUAGGUGAUUAGUACGAACAAUAUAGACAUGUUCGGGUGCUUCAUUUGCUGGGCAAUUUCAUUUUUGAGUGAAAAUAUUUUUUUAGUUUUAUCUUAUCUUAAGUCAGAUCAACAAUGAUUUUGUUAAAAAAUGUUAUUGAAAUUGAGAUAAAUAUUUUUGUUAAGUGGCAUAUUUUUCUUCAAAUGGAUUUGGGUUUUAAUUAGUUAUAUAUGUCCAUUUGAAAACGUGAAAAACAGUCAUGAAACAAACGUGAAAAAAAACAAUUGGUCUGUAACAGUAGACUGAUAGCUUGGUGAUAUUGUGGGGUAUAAAAAUCACAAGUUAACCAUCAGACAGGAUGCAGUGUCAAACAGCUGAAGAAAUUCAUUAUUAAACUACUGUUAUUAAUGGUUUGCAUGCGAUAAUGUUUACAUACAGUGACCCUUCUUAGAAUUUGUUUAACAGAAUUUUCAAAAACCCUUGAUCAAAAUAGAAAUAUGAUUGCAAAAACAUGGUUAAGUGAUAUAAAUAAGAACAAUAAUUUUUUUGUUGAGAAUUACAAUGUUUAUAAUGUUACUGAUGCUGCAGGAGAUUUAUAUCAAGACAGGUUUUGUACCCAUCAAGUGAAGAAGUAACCUAGUAGAGACUUUUGGGUCCUUUCAUUCUUGGAGACUUAAAGUUGAGACUAAAAUUUAAACAAUAUAAAUUUAUUAAUUAUGUUUCAAAAGGUUAUAUAUCUUAAAUCUUUUAAAAACUUAAGAGCCAUCAAAUGUAACAUGCCAAAAGAUACUUCAUGGAUUAAUAUUUCCGAAACAAUAAGAAUUUAAUCAUUAGACGCCAGUGACUAAAAUUUAAACAAUAUAAAUUUAUUAAUUAUGUUUCAAAAGGUUAUAUAUCUUAAAUCUUUUAAAAACCUAAGAGCCAUCAAAUGUAACAUGCCAAAAGAUACUUCAUGGAUUAAUAUUUCCGAAACAAUAAGAAUUUAAUCAUUAGACGCCAGUGACUAAAAUUUAAACAAUAUAAAUUUUAAUUAUGUUUCAAAAGGUUAUAUAUCUUAAAUCUUUUAAAAACCUAAGAGCCAUCAAAUGUAACAUGCCAAAAGAUACUUAAUGGAUUAAUAUUUCCGAAACAAUAAGAAUUUAAUCAUUAGACGCCAGUGACUAAAAUUUAAACAAUAUAAAUUUUAAUUAUGUUUCAAAAGGUUAUAAAUCUUAUAUGUUUUAAAAACCUAAGAGAAAUCAAAUGUAACAUGCCAAAAGAUACUUCAUGGAUCAAUAUUUCCGAAAUAUAAGAAUUUAAUCAUUAGACUCCAGUGAAAGCAUGUUUAAGGCAUAUUUGUCGUUAUCAUAUAAAUAUAUAUUAAUACUACUCAACUUUUGACAGGGAUAAUCAGAUAGGUCAUAUAUUAAAAUACACACUUGACACGAGAAUCAUUAUGUGUGUCAUGGAAAGAUAAACAUGUUCCUAUCAAGAGCGGAGUAGUAUAUAUUAACAUCUGACUUCAGUCACAAGAAGCAAUGAUCAGUUUCUGUUAGCAAUAGGAACAUGUUCUGGUAAAAGAAUUCUGCAUCAUCAGCUGUUUGUAGGGGCACUGCUGGGUAUGUUUUGGGUGUUUCUGUACAGCUGUUUGUAUAUAUUGUUAUGCCAGCUGUGUGGAAUGUCUGUGUUUAUUUCAUCUCCAUGCUCCAUGGACAAUGUGAUACUAUUUUUGCUAGGUGCAUCAUUAUCAGAGGUGAAUAAAUGCGUAUUUGUGUUAAAAA